AUGGAGGGAGAGGAGCCUACCACGCGCUCAUUUGCUGCUGCUACAGGACAAGCCACUGCAGCGCCAGAGGACUAUCACAUUCAGGUCGUAGAAACAGCAGCACCAGCUGCUGCAGCACCAGCUGCUGCAGCACCAGCUGCUGCAGCACCAGCUGCUGCAGCACCAGCUGCAGCAGAGCCUGCAGCAGCAGAUGCAGCAGCAGGCGCAGCAGCUGCUGUUGCACUCGGAGCAGCAGCAGCAGCAACUGUUAUCUCGGGAGAAGCGGCUUCAUUUGGAGGUGGAGGGGCAGCGCAACCAAGUGAAGGGCCAGUGGGGAAUGAAGUGAGACCGGUGGCAGAACCAGCAGCAGCAGCAGCAGCAGCAGAUGCAGCGGGGUCCACUGCAGCGGAGGCCCCAGCUGCUGCGAGUGCUGCUGCUGCUGCAGCGUUGAACCGCAGCUGGUACUUCAGCAGCAGAAGCCGAGAAGCAGCAGCAAAUGCCUUUUUAAGGGUUCGUGCUGCUAGGCGGAAGCCGCUAGCCACUGGUGUUGCUGCAGUGAGCAACGAUGCUGCAGUGCAGCUGCUGCAGCAGCACAUCAGCAGACACAGCAGCAACCCUGCAGGGGACGAGAUCGUGUCGUUGGUGCUGCAGCUGCGGCAGCAGCAGCAGGAGCAGCAGGCGCUGCUGACCCUUGCUGCUCAGCGGCAGCGGUGGCAGCGAAUAGGGGAGUUGCGGCUGCUGCGGCAGCAGCAGCAGCAGCAGGCGCAGCGGCUGCGGCAGCACCUGACAGAGUGCAGGCAUUUGCUGCUGCGGGUGGCGGACCACACCAUAGGCGAGGUGCAGCAAGACUCUGCUGCUGCUGGCAGCAGCAGCAGCAGCAGCAUGGCUUCAAUCCGCACAAUUUGUGUGUUUGGAGGCCUGGGGGGAGUUGCUGCACUGGUGGGGCUAGCCACAGGAGCAGCAGCACUUCCUGCUGCGCUGCUGUCGCGGGUGCCAGCAGCAGCAGCAGCAGAAGUCAGGGACUUGCUGCAUGUUGUAUUCAGCGAGUGCUUUUAUUUGCUGAGGGAGUUCGUGCUGCUGCAUGCGCCCAUUGCAGACCAGCUGGCCCACAACUCGGGGCUGCUGAGCUGCCUGCUGUCGUGCCUAGUGAGCCCCUCCACUGACGCAGCAGAAAUGCUUUUGGAGGAACUUAUUGCUUACAGAGAAACUCCUUUAUCUCUUCAUUUUUGCUGCCCCUCUUGGUUAUCAAAUGGGUCUGGGGGCCCCCCAGGGGCCCCCCUGUGGGUCCCUGGGGGGCCCCCCGGGGGGGCCCCCGUGGGGGGCCCCCAGGGGCGGCCGCCGGGGGGAACGGCCGCAGCAGCGGCGGCGGCUGCUGCGGCGUCCGCCUCUGCUGCUGCUGCUGCUGCUGCUGCAGGAAGCGGCACGCUGCUGCAGGGGGGCUGGGGGGAGCUGCAGGUCCGCCAUGUGGCGCUGCUGGCCCGGCUGCUGACGCUGCUGGUUGUAGAGACAGACGAGCGGCUUGCAUGCAGCAGCAGCUUGUGGCUGCUGCGGAGGCCCCCCUCCAGCCGGCGGGGCUGGUGUGCUGCUGCUGCAGCAGACGCCGCCGGAAGGCCCGAGCAGCCGCGCGCGCUCCUGCAGCAGCAGCAGCAGCAGCAGCACAGUCAGCAGCGGCAGCCCCACGCCGCCACGCAGAAACCCCCCGCAGGGGAGUGCAGCCCCGGCGCCUGCGACGCACAGGCUGGCAGCAAAACCAGCAGCAGCAGCAGCAGCAGCAACAGCCCAGGUGAACAGAAGCGCCGGUGGAGCCCCUGGCUGCUGCAGCCCCUGGGAGAGGCCCCCACUGGCCCUGAGGGGACGCGGAAGGCUUUGUGUGAUCUCAUGGAGAUGGGGCCAAUGUACUGCAGCAGCACGAGUGACAGCAGCAGGAGCAGCAGCAGCAGCAGCUGCAGCAGCAGGUGCAGCAGCAAGGGCAGCAGCAGCAGCUGCAGCAGCGAGUGCAGCGACUCCGGCAGCGGCAGAGGUGAGGGGGAUCUCGAGGCAGCGUCUGAUGAGCGCCGCCGAAGCAGCUGCAGCCGGAAGCCCCGCCGUGCUGCAGCUUCCUUGCGGCUGCAGCAGCAGCAGCAGCGCCGCAGCAGCAGCUGGCUGCAGCAAGGCAGCAGCCGGUCUGCUGCUGAAGCAGUUGUGGGGCGCUCGCGACUGCAGAGCGACGACGAGCAGGUGUACGUACACCGCAGGGCCUUCUUAACUCCAGGGCGGCCCUGCUGCAGCGAGGGUGGCUGCAGCAGCAGACACAGCAGCAGCUGCAGCGCAUGCGCAGACAGCAACAGGGAGAUUUUGCUGCAGCAGCCGCAGCUAGUGGAGAGACUGGUAGAGCUGCUGUGGCUGCAGUCGAUCCCGCUGCCAGGCUUUCUUUCUGGGGUCACUUGUGGGGGCGGAGCAGCAGCAGCAGCAACAGCAGCAGCAGACAGUGGGGAGACUCUGCUCGAGCUGCUGCAGCGCAGCAACACUCCUCUUUUUGACCUUGUAAUGGGCGAGGCCUCGGGGCCCAGCAGCAGUAGCCGCAGCAGCCGCACCCGCAGCAGCAGGAGCAGCCGCAGCAGCAGCAGCAGCAGCAGCCGGCACGUGAGGGGCAGCAGAAACGCAGCUGCUGCGCCCUUUGCUGCUGACAGGCGCAGCGAUAGGAGCAGCAACACGGCAACAGCAGCAGCAGCAAUGGGCAGGGGCCCCAUGGCAUUUGUUGCUCGUUCGCGGCUGCCCUACAGCGUCAGGUCGAGCAGGGAAACUGCUGCUGCUGCUGCAGCACCUGCUGCUGCUGCUGGAGAACCUGCAAACAGGGAGCGCGCAGCAGAUGCUGCUGGCAGCAGUCCUGCAGCAACAAGCGCUGCUGCAGCAGCAGCACCGGCAGCUAACGAGAGGGCGUCAGACUGGGGGUCUUUCUUUCGCCGGCUGUCUUCGCUGCAUUCUGUAUUUGGGGGCGACACGCAGCAGCAGCCUGCAGCAGCAGCUGCUGCUGCUGCUGCACCGGCUGCGGCCAGUGGGAUCAGCAGCAGGAGAGACUCCGGGACCAGCGCUGCCAGUGCGGAAGCAGAUGCAGCAGCAGCAGCAGCAGCAGCCGAAGAGGAGGCGCAGGAGGAUGCAGCAGGUGAGUCUGCGGCACCAACCUCUACUUGGGUGGCUGGAACGGCAGCAGACGCAGCAGCAGCAGCGGCAGCAGCAGCAACAGCAGCAGAGGCUGCAACACACGGGAUUUCUGUGGAACUGACAACAGGCACUCUUCUUGCAACCCCUGAGGAUAUUGCUUCUCUUGUUGCUGCUGUCUCUGCCACGAAUGCAGCUAGCAUUGGCAUAGAGUUCCUUGCGCCGCUUUCGCUGCAGCAGCAGGAGCAGCAGCAGCAGCAGCAGCAGGAGCCGCAGCAGCAGCAACGGCAGCGGCUGCAGCAGAGCCAGCAGGGAGCCGCCGACGCUGCUGGCGCUUCGAGCGCCGGCGCUUCAGACGCAGCUGCAGCAGCAUCAGCAGGAGUUUCAGCAGCAGCAGCAGCAGCAGCAGCGCCUUCAAACAAUGUGGCGCCGCCGUCGCCGCGGCGGCGCGGAAGAACAGCGGACGAUGCAGCAGCAGCAGCAGCAGCAGCAGCAGAAGCUGUAGAAACUGCUUCCGACACAAUCCGCGGUGUUGCUGAGGAGCCAGCAGCUGGCUCGAGGGCAGUGUGGGCUCUUUCUGCUUUAGUUGGCGGCCCGCAGCAGCAGCGGCAGCAGCAGCAGCAGCAGCAGCAACAGCCGCAGCACCAGCUUCGAGCGCUGGUGCACGUGCUGCUGCAGCGAGCUGACGACGGCGAUGACGCUGCAACCUUAACUGCGUUCGGCGGUUUUGCUGCUGGCGCGGAGCAGCAGCAGCUGCAGCUGCUGCAGCCGCAGCUGCUGCAGCAGCAGCUGCUGCAGCAGCAGCAAGGCCUCGGGAUGCAAGACGAGCUGCAGCUGCGGCAGCUUUUCCACAGAACUUACCAGCUGUACAGACAGCACAGAGCAACACUAAAACGGAGAAACCGCAGAAAGAGGAAAAGCAGCCAGCGGCGACGCAGCAGCAGCAGCAGCAGGACUGGUGCUGCUGCUGCUGCGCCGCGCGAGGAUCAGGGGCCGUUACAGAAGGAGCAGAGGCAAACCUCAGGUCAACAGUCCCAGCAGCAGCAGCAGCAGCAGCAGGAACCAAGUUUCAUGGGUCGGCUGCUGCGUAGGCUGUCGACUUUGUCGUUUGGAGUCACCCGCAGCCAAGAUGCUGCUGCUGCUGCUCCUGCUGCUGGCUCUGCUGCUGCUGCAGAGGGUGAAGCAGCACGUAGCGCUUCAAGCCUGCGGGGCCGCCGCUCGUCCACAGCAGCAGCAGCGGCAGCAGAUCGCGGGAGCAGCGCAGCAGCAGCAGCAACAGGAACCGAGCGAAAGAGCAGCGAGAGAGGGAGGCAGCACUGGCUGCGGCGGCGGCGGAGGCGUCCGAGCGUGAGCAGCAGCAGCAGCAGCAACAGCAGCAACAGCAGCAGCGACAAAGACAGCCUCACGGGCAUCAGCAGCAACCAGAGCAGCGGCGGCUUGUGCAGCAGCAGCGAGGAAGCAGGAAGCGGCAGCGAGGCUUUGCUGCGUCAGGGCUUUCCGUGGCCGCUGCCUGCUGCAGCCCGCAAGCAGCAGCAGCAGCAGCAGCAAGGGGGCCUCUCCAGGCGCGACAGAUACAAACGCCGCAGGCUGCAGCAGCGGCAGCAGCGGCGGCUCAUGCUGCAGGACACUGAGGGGUUUCCGCCGCAGCCACUUGUUGCAGCUUUAAGUGCUGACGAGCGCUGCAGCAGCAGCAGCAACAGCAGCGUGAUGUCUUCUGCAACAGAGGACGAGUCUGCUGAGCUGCAGCAGCUGCAGCAGCUACAGCUCAAGGAACUUGCUGCCAAAAGCCCAAGGCUCCCCAGGCUGCCCCCUGGAGUUGCUGCAGCUUUCCGGCCAGCAGCAGCAGCACGGAGCUUCCUGCAGCAGCGCCGUAUGCAGGCUGC